CAUGGCGGAUUUCUAGAAUGGCAAAAUUUGCGAUAUUUUAUUUAAUUAUUUACAAUAUAUAAUGUAGAUAUUUUUGGAUAUAUUUGUAUUUGAUCAUUACUAUAUUGUGUAAGGGAAAUUAUUUAUUCUGGUUCAAGCUUGAUCCUAAACUGUAGGGUUGCAGGAACCAAUGUAACGUUUGGACAUUUUUGCUGAGUGAGUGAAAAAGCCCAAGCCAAAGGCUGGCAAAGGGAGAGUUAAGAGUAGAAAGGGGUUGAACACAGUACCAGUCCAAGCAGAGACAAAUUUUUUACUGUACCGUACAGAUAUACAUGAUUUAUUAGUUGGAAGAAAAUAUAUUUAUGUUGAACUAAAGUGACAUUAACAGUUGUCAGAAAGACCGAACAAAGAAAGAAUGGAAGUCAAUGACAUAGAUCUUGAAAACAUCCAACAAAACCCCACAAGUGAAGGGGAAAUGGAAACGGAAAAGGAUGCUGUUAAUGUAGAAAAUACUGAUGUUAAAAUUACUGAAGGUGUUAAUGAUGAAGAUGAGGAGGAAGAGAGUGUAGACGAUGAUGAAGAAGAAGAUGAUAGUGAGGAAGAAGAUUGGGAUUCUGAAGAAGAUGGACAAGAAGGGGAUGAUAAUGAAGAGGAGGGUGAUGAUGAUGAUGAUGAGGAAGAGGAUGAUGAUGAUGAUGAUGAUGAAAGCAGCGAGGAGGAGGAUGAGGAUGGUGAAGAUGCUUCUCAAGUUUUAAGUGAUUCUGGUGGAGAAGGAGAGGAAAGUUGUCCAAUCUGUUUGGGACGAUUUAAAGAACAAGAUAUCGGAACACCAGAAUCAUGUGAUCAUAAUUUCUGUUUAGAAUGUAUUCAGGAAUGGUCUAAGAAUGUAAACACAUGCCCUGUUGAUCGUCAAGUCUAUCAUUUGAUUAUUGUGAAGAAACCAGGAGAAAAUAAAGUUCAUUCAAGGAUACCUGUCGAAGAUAGUAACGCACUAAAAGAUGAGGAAGAUGAAGAAGAAGAUGAAACGGUCUGUGAAGUAUGUGGUCGAAGUGAUCAUGAAGAUCGUUUACUACUCUGUGAUGGCUGUGAUCUGGGAUAUCAUUGUGAAUGUUUAACACCACGAUUGACAGAUAUCCCAGUAGAAGAAUGGUUUUGUCCUGAUUGUGCUAAUAGACAAGAUGCUGAAGUUGCUGAUGAAUUAACAACUCAGCGAAGAUUACGAUAUCAACGUCGUAUCGCUAGAACGCGUGCUAGUGAAGUUGUCCGAGCAAGAAUACAGCGCCACCGAGCUGAGCGAAAUGGACUCUGGACGUCAUCAGAGGAGGAGGAAGAUGAUGAGGAGGAAGAAGAAGACGAAGAAAAAGAAGAACAAAUAAUGGAGGGAGAUGCUGCAGAAGGUUCUAGCACAUCCAUACUGAGCAAAUCCCAAACAGAAGCCACUGCAUCCACCACCACAUCACCAGUGAAAAAAAGGAAAACGCCAACCAAGAAACGCAAAACCAAGAGAAAAACAACAAAGAGAAAAACUAAGUCAACCAAAACAACCAAGAGAAGGAAGAAACGCAAAACAACAAAACGUAAAACAGGAAAAGGAAAGAAAAGAAAAUAUAAAAGGAAAACUAAGAAGAAAACUAAAAAGACAACCUCUGUUAGUACACCAGAUUCGGCAGGAAAUUAUCAGGUUCGAAGGGCAAGUGAUCUGAAAAGGUUUACUACAACGUCUGCAAGUGUGAAAGGUCGAAUUGCCCACACUUUGGGAUUAUCUAAACCCCCUGUUGGUCGUACCAUACCUCUACAGAAAAAAACAGGCGAUAAAUCUUUUGACGAAAAGAGACCAGAAACUGGCGCAUCAAAUUUAUCUAUAUUAGGACAUAAAGAUGAUUUGAUAGAAUUUCCGGAUGAUGACAUGAAUGAAGUUCCUACUGUCGGAGCUGUACCUAGUGCCUCAACUACUUCAACAUCUCAACCCAAAUAUUCUAAAUCGGCGUUAUUAUCCCAUCGUCCAGUUCGACUUCCAACUUCAGUUCUUAGGCGAAAACCCAUUCCAAAUCAGCAGCCGGCAGUUGUGCCACCAGCACCAAGUAAACCAGCUUUAGGAUUACAUCGUGGUGCACCUUUUGAUAUUCUCGGUUCCAUUAUGCAGGAUCAGGGCAAGCUUCAUUUACAUAGUAAAGAUGUAACUAUAAAUAGAGAUGGAACUCUAAGCACCACCAAAGUGGUUAAACCUCCAACAUUGAGCAGUAGUGUUGAGAGAAUAGGAAGGAUAACUCUGAGUAUGCCAGGUGGAGCUGUUGACCAAGAUGAACCUGUGAAACAACCAGAUAACAAGCCUGUGGAAGAUAAAGAAAGCAACCCCAAAGCUUUUUCUGAAAAAAACAGUCUUGAGAUUAAAGAUACAAAGAAUGACAGUGAUAUCGAUAUUAAAAAGAAGACAGAAGAUCUACUGAUUAAAAUUAUGGACAGGAAAGCCAAAGAUAUGUCACCUACAGAUGGAGAUGUGCGAAUUGUUAUGAAAGAUAGUGAUAAAUUAACAAAAGAAAAGGACAACAUUUCCAAAAUCGAUCAUCAGAGAUAUGCAAAUGAAAGAGAUGAUCCUUACACUGACAGUGAAACUGAGUUCGAUUCGGAAAUAAUGAAUGUGUGGACAGGAAAUAGAAAAUCUAAAAAAAGCAAUGAUAAAGAAAAGAUAAAGUUAGACAAGGACAAAAUAGAAUCUGAGGAAGAAAAUGGAGAAUUUGAGAAAGAAAAAGGAGAAUCUGAGAAAGAAACAGAGCAACUGAAAUCUGCACCUGAGAAAUGUGAAGACUCUGAAGACUCAAUGACUGGAAUGGAAGUGGUUGAUGAAAUUGGAGAAAAUGAAAAUUCAGAUCUGGAUUUAGAAGAUAUAGAUUCAAUGUAUGGUUCACCGUGUGCAGAACUCAAUUACGCUGAAUUUUCGGAAACUGAAAACAAUGAAGAAGAGCUACAGGCUGAUUUUGAAUUGAUUAAAACAGUUGCUAAACCGGUCGAACAAGAAGAAGUUGUAACAUCAAUUCAGUUCGAUGCACGUCAAGUAAUAAGGGAAUUAAUGAAAGAAAAGGAAAAAGCUGAGAUGGAGAAAAGGAAUAAGGAGUCAAGUCCUAGUCAUCGGAAAGACAAGACGAUAUCAAUCGGUGAAAUGUUGGAUCGUGAUAAAAAAGCCAAACGUGUUUAUCGUAAACAUCGUGAAAAUAGUGAUAGUGAUUCUAGUAGUAGUUCUAGUAGUUCUGACACUGGGGAAGAGGGUGAAGUGCGAUCUCGCGAUGGUAAGUCCAAGCGUAGAAGACACAGACAUCGUGAAUCUAGCCAUGAAUUUAGAGCAAAAGACUCAGAACGACGUCAUCGCCACCGGGAAAGAAGCUAUGAAGAAAGAGUAAGAGACUCCGAUCGGAGUCAUCGUCGCGAAGCAAGCAAUGACGAGCGAGUGAGAGAUUCCGAACAUCGGCGACGACGUGAACAUAGUACAGAGCGACGAGAAAAAGAUUCUAGAAAAUCUUCAAACCAUAAAUCCCCGCGAAAACAAAAUAAACCUUACAACUCAGGUGAAUAUUCACGUUCAGUUUUAUCUCGUUUGGAUAUGUUGGAUGGCAAAAAGUCGCGUAGUGAAAAGGAUAGAUAUAGUGAACCCUCUAAACAUAGUAGACGAGACAGUCGACGGAGUGAUAGGGAGGAAAGACAUGAAAAAACCCAUAGUCGACAUGAAGAGCGAUCUCGUUCAGAACGUGAUUCCUCGCGACGGAAACAUAGACACAGAUCUCCCACUGCAUCUCGUUCACGAAGUCGUUCGAACUCUAAAUCUCAUAGACGACAUGUACAAUCUAGUUCCAAGGAUCAUCACAGAUCUAGAUCACGAGAUAGACAUGAACGAUCAAAGCGCAAAAGACGUGAGAAAUCAGUGUCAAAGGAACAAUCACCAUUUUGGGAUCAUAGGAAGAGAUCGCCUAUAGUUGAACUCGAUUGGAACAGAUCUGUUGUUGAUUAUGAUGGAUCUCCUGUGAGGGAAGAGGAAAGUGAAACAUCCCCCCUCAGAGAAGAAUCCCCUAUUCAAGAGAGAAGGAGAGACAAAUCUACAAAGGAAAAAGCACGUGGAAGAGAAGAGGACACAGAGAGGUCUCGAUCCAAUAAAUCCAAGAAACGGCGGCGGGAAAAGAGCAAGGAACGUGACGUUAGUACAGAAAGAAGCAAGAAAGAUAGAAGAGUUGUUGAAAACAGAUCAUGGUCUCGUUCACCUAUACCCGUUCCAGCUGUUGAUGAUGAACGGGACAAAGAAAAUCACGAUGAAAUGGUGGUUGAAAAAUCAGCAAGUAAAAAGAAGAGCAAUGAAACCGUAACAAAGAAAAAGGGCAAAGGUAAGGGUAAAGGCAAAGGAAAGGGUAAGAAAAGUAAAAAAGUAAAAGGACCCCCUGUUCCUCCUGGAAUGACUUUUAAAAGUGUAGAGGGUGAUUCUCUUCUUGUUGGUGAAUUUGAACCAGUUGAAAUCGAAAUAGAUGAUGAAGAUGAUGAUGAAGAGCCUGAGGUGCCUGAGGUUCCUGAAGUUCCUGAAGUUCCUGAUCUAUCUGCAGCAGUUUCACCUGGUGCUUCACCAACACCUUUGAGUAUUAAUGAACCAGCUAUCCCAUCAUCACCCCCAUCUCCAUCUUCUGAAAAUGAAAGCAUUGGUUUAGGAAAUAUUUCGGAUGAUCCAUCUGAUUAUGACCCUGCACAUCCAACCGACGAUGAGUUCAAGUUAGCAAAAUCACCCGAGGCUUCACCAGCAUUGUCUCCAAGUCCAGUUCGCAUAUCUCCUCUCUAUAUGUCACCAAUACGUCCACCAUCUCCAAAACAGACUGAUGCUUCGCCUGUACCAGAUAAAACAGUUGAUUCAGCUGAAGAAGUAUCAUCGCCAAAAUCCACUCUAUCUGAUUCAGUUAGUAAAUCCAAAUCCCCACCUGAACCAACCACAUCCAUUCUUUUAGUUAACCCGACCAAACCAGUAUCUAAAUCCAUAACAGAUCCAGAACCAGUUGUUAUCACCUCUGUCGAAAAAUCACCCAUUGCCAUCGUUAAGCCUAGUGAAACAAAAAUACAGCCAGUACCACCAGUACCACCCCCUGCAAUUUCUCAAUCCACAAGUCUAUUAAAUCCGCUAAUUCUAAGUCAGCCCCCUCCUCCAGUUGGGCAAGUUUUCCCCACAGUUCAAUCUCCAGAUCUUUCCUUCCCAUUCCGAACAGGAGUUCCUCCAAGUGUUAACCAAAGGCUUUCUAAUACUAGUAGUGACUUUUUAAAUGGAUCCCGAUUUGAUUCCAAAAGACCAUCUUCAUCCACCAGCUUAAUUUCUUCACUGCCCUUUCCUCCCCUUUCCCAGAAUAGUUCAUCGCUGAUGCCGCCCCCUGGAUCCAUAGGAAGUAAACCAAGAUUCAACCAACUUGCAGAAAUUAAUCGUCUACUCAACACCCAAGCUCGCCUUGCUGGUAUACGACCAGAUCCUAAAACUGGAGGAAUAUUCAAGAUUCCUGAUCCACCAGACAGUAAAUCAGAAACAUUGGAAGUCGUUGAUAUGGAUAUUGAUAUGGACAGCAGUGAUGUAUCAUCUCCAUCUGAUGAUGAAUGUGAGCUUCAACUACCUCCUUCACCCAAGACCAAGAAACGACAUGAUGCUUCAAGAAGAGGAUUUGACGAAUUUCCUUCGUCAGCUAUGGACUUGGUUAAGAAGCAAAAGAAAUCCAAUUCGAAAAAAUCUCUUGACCCCAGAACUAUGUCUUUACAGUAUGUUCGUAAAUUACAUCUACAAGAACGGGUUGUGGAGGAGGUUAAACUCGCUAUAAAACCAUUUUAUAGCAGUAAGAAGAUCUCUAAAGAAGAAUAUAAAGAAAUUUUGCGCAAAGCUGUGCCAAAGAUCUGUCACAGUAAAGCAAAGGAUGUGAACCCAAUGAAAGUGAAACUUUUAGUGGAGGGAUACGUUAAUAAAUUCCAAGUCAAACAUAAAAAGAAACUUGACAAAGCUAAUAAAAAGCUAAUUACAUCACGGUGAUGUUAGUAAAUUUAGGAUUACGGCCUAUUAUUUAUUAUAAAAAAAGAAGACAGAAAGAACGGGGCCCAGUGGUUGUUCCUGUAAGACCCAAGUGUGGUUAGUGAUGUCAUUAAAGAAAUAUGGAAUGAAAUACAGCCGGAAUUCUCAAACCAUAGCCAUUUAUUCAUACAUUGUACAUGUACCUAAAAUGUAUAUCGGGAAAAUACUGAAGAAUUCAUGUGUGGAAAUGAAAAGGUUUUCCCAAUCACUUGGUCUAAAACUUUGUUUUUAGAUAUAAGUACGAUUCAGUGGAGGAAUAACAAGACUAGUCAGCAGUUGUAACCUGCUUAAUGCUACUUACCAUUGAUGAGUUUUAUAAAACUGUUUUUAUAUUUGAAGAUAUUCAUACCUGUAUGUACACAGUCGUGCAACAUAUAAGUGACUAAAAGAAUAGGUUCAACAGUUGAAAGUUAUAAGAUUAUAAAAAUGGACAAGGAGAUUUACAUCACGAAAUUUUAUUAGAGUAUGCACUGUACUGCUGAAGAUGAUUGUCUAAUAAUCACAAUAUCCAUGCACAUAUUAAUAUAUAUUCACGAUAGUAGUGUUUUAGGUUAGAUAUAUGUGAUGUACAUACCUGUAAAUUAUGUGUUUAAUGAAUCCAUGUAAUAUAAGAAUCCAAAAGUUUAAUUUGUAUCCCAUACAUUAUGGAGACUAAUUAAUUCUGAUACAGAUUAACCGAUGGUUGAUCGACAUGUAAACUCAUUUAUGCAUCAUCUACAGAUUCUUAGCUGUCCAUCAACCAAAUUUCAUUUACAUAGGAUUAGUUCUGUCUGAUUGGUUAAUAUUUGAAAUCGUGUAGCCACAAUUGAUUUGAAUUUUGUUUAUCUAGAUAUACAAUUAAUGUCUGUUAAUGAAUUGAAAUUGUAUUUCUGAAUUCAUGGAUGUACACAUAUUAAAAAAUAAUUGAAGAUUGGGUCAAAUAUUGUUCCUUUAAAUUUCCAGAAAGCAAUUUUAUGUACAUUUACUAUUUUAGAAAUGUGUUGGAAUUUAAAUGCAUUGUUAUUUUUAUUUAUCUAUAAAAUUUGGUAAAUAAAACUUGAAUACAUGUAUAUUGACAUGUAUGAACUUUUCAUACAGUAAUUGAUGGAUGAAUGAAAUGAAAACAAAAGACAUGACUAAAUUUUGUGGAAAUUAAAAAUUUGAUAACAAAAGAUUGAGCAAAAAUUUCUUUAGAAUUAAUGUAAGAGUGCUGUUUGUUUUUAGAAAGAGGGAUGAAUGUACAUGAUGAAUAUAGAACUUUUUAUACUGUAUUUAUACCAUUAAAUAUAUGAAAUGUUUUCUAACCUUACCUCGACUCUAAAAAUGAAUCAAAUUAUAAAGAAAGAAUUUAGCUAUGUUUAGCAUUUAAAUCCAGUGAGAUAUAAACAUCAUUUUUUCAGAAUUAACCAUUAUCGUUCCUACAAUUUGUUCAUUAUAUUAUAGCCAUAUAUUAUCAGGUGCUUGGAUGAUCAUUGUUUAACAAUGUUAUUAAAUAUCAAUGUCCUGAUAUACAGACCCAGUAUAGGGUAGUACAGCUGUGUUGAGUUCUUACAUGUAGAUGUAAAGCUUUAAUGAAAUGCAGGUAGUGUAAUCAAACAUGUAAGUAAUGAAAUCAGGACAGUGUUCCCACUUGCAGUUGAUUUGCUACGUAAGUGUAAGUGUUAAUAAAAUGGAAAACACUAAAUUAUUUUGAUCAAAAAUAAUGUUAGUAGUGUUAUUGUUUUCAGUUGGUGUUUAACAUGCCCACUGAAUCUAUUCUUAUAAUAUAUAUUCUGUAUAUAUGCUAUUUUUUGAAUAAGCAAGGGAUGUUUUGUUUUAUUUUAUUUCCAUUUUGUUUUGUUUUCAUAUGAAGUACACCUCUAGCACUGUAAUAAUAUUUGAUGCCAUUAAUUAAUGCUAUACCGGUUAUAUUGCUAGGUGGUCUCAUACCAAGUUUCUUUUUUUAAACUUAUUGAUCAAAUAGGAGAGAAAAUAGAUAAAGAAAGCAUGGUGUGUUUUUUUCUCAAUUUUAAAAAUUGUAAUUAUUUUAAACUGCUUCAACAAAUUGAUCAACAUGAAUGAGAGAGGACAUUAUUUUCUUGGUAUGUUCUAACAUUAAUUUCCCCUUAAAGUUGUUGAUCGUCUUUUGCAUACAUGUAUUUGGAAAGGAUCCAAGUUUUAUGUUCAUUAUGUCUUAGUAAAUACUGAACUGAAUUGAACAAUAUUUGGACUGAUAGUACUUUAAAGGGACAAUAACACUCUUGCUGGCUUGACAGCUCCAGUAAAUAAAUAUUAGCCUUAUUCUAAGUAUUAAAUGUUUAAGUGUCCUACCUGUUGUGUAAAUUAUCCAUUACAUCCUAUUUUACUUGUCCAGAGGGUUCGAAAAUAUUUUUAAAUCCAAGUCACAUUUGAAAAGGUUUACGUUAGGCUUUUAAAAUCAUUUAGUUGAAUUUUUCCAUUUUUUUAAAUUAGGCGUGUUAAGAUGAAAUUUGUAUCAUCAAUUAAUUGGAAUACUGUAAAAUAGUACAAUUUGUUGACCAGAAUAAAGAUUGGGACAUAUUAUUCUGUUACAACAAGAGUGGUAUUGAGCCUUUAAGAUAUUUAACUAUCACAGUAAAUGUAGUGUAAUUUGCAAAAGAUUUAAAAUUCCUUAAAUAAUGAUUCACCACUUUAGCUAUAGAAUAAAUUCAACAUUAUUUGGCAAGGUACUUAUAUUACAGAAAUAAGAUCAACAAUAUGUGAUUAUUGUGCUGCCUUGAAGAAUAUGGGAGUUGUCUAUCAAGCCAACAUGCUUAUUAAAACAAGCAAAGCUAAGUUGGUAAUAGAGACAUUUUUUUCCUUAAUUUAAUGUAAUUUAUGAAAUGAAUUACUCUUUUUUACUAUCAUUUUUAUUUAGUCUGUGUGUGUGCAGCCUUAUUCGUAGUUUAUAUCAUGUAAAUAGUAUUUAAAUAUUAUGAUCAACUAUCACCAUCAAGUGUGAUUAUUAUGUAGAAUAAUGUACAUAAACUCUAGAUAUAACUUACAA